AAGCAUCACAUCGCCCAUGUUCUCUCUUGGCAUAUAAAAGCCGAUACUAUAAAGCCCGGUAUAUCCCACGAUCAUUGAUAUUGGUAUCGAUCGUCGCUCAGCCUGAAUUCCCCCUGCGUUGAAGUUGGGAUAUAUAUUCCCUUCUUCCAUUCAACUCCACUCUUGUCUAUCUCCAGAAGCCAAGCUUUCUCAUCACUAUCAACACCAGACACUAGGCACUAUGAUUCUCCCCAAAAGCACCCUCCUAACCCUCCUCCCCUUCUUCCUCGCCGCCCCCUCUCUCGCCGUCUCAGGCACCAAACAAACAACCCGCUACUGGGGCUGCUGCAAACCGUCCUGCUCCUGGUCAGGCAAGGCCUCCUUCAAGACCGGCCCCGUGCAGUCCUGUGACAAGAACGACAAUGUGCUCGCCAAUGUAGACACCAAGUCCGCCUGCGACAAUGGUGGUCCAGCCUUUAUGUGCUCCAAUGAGAGCCCAUGGGCCGUCUCGGACUCCCUGGCUUAUGGAUACGCCGCGGUGUCGAUAGCGGGUGGGACUGAGGCGAGCUGGUGCUGUGCCUACUACGAGUUGACGUUUACGAGUGACCCAGUGUCGGGGAAGAAGAUGAUCGUGCAGGCUACCAUACGGAUCUUGGUUAGAAUCACUUCGAUAUCGGCGUAUUUAUUCGUUUUCCUACUCACCCUUUUCCCCUUCUACUCCACUGGCCCUUCUCCCACUGGCCCUUCUCCACUGGCCCUUCUCCACUGGCCCUUCUCCACUGGCCCUUCUCCACCAUCCCCUUUGACCCUUCGCGCAGGGUGUCCCAAAACUAACACCCCCCAGAUGCUUCGGUAUCUUCAACGCCUGCCCCCCCAAUACAGCACUCCCUCCACCAGCUGGGGCGCCCAAUACGGCGGCAUCUCCUCACGCAGCCAGUGCGAUGCCUUCCCCGCAGCCCUCAAAGCUGGCUGCUACUGGCGCUUCGACUGGUUCCAGAACGCCGACAACCCCUCGGUUUGCACGUGAUAAAAAUCAGCGACCCUUGCUUAAAAUCGAUACCUGCCUCCAUCAAUACACUGGCGCUUCUACAACAAGGCUCACCUUUGAGUUCGUGGGUUUCCUAACACGAUAUACACAUUUACAGCCUACAUCAAAGGACUGAACCACAGUAUACAACUACAAUUCAUUCAACGCAUUGAAAUCACAGCAGUGUGAAAACUCCAGCAGUAAUGUCGUUAUUUUGACUAGAAAGGAGUCGGCAAGAGCGCAUCUUCCUUCCUACUCUUCUCGACUAUUGGGGUUUCGCAAUCUAUCGGACGGUUUACACUCCAGAGUCUGAUUUGUUGUGGGAAGGCGCAAUUGCAAAGUUGGAUGAAUAUGUGAUCAAUUCUAUCUGGAGAUGCAUGUGGAUUAGGAACCUAGAGGUGGGCGAGGGAGAGGACCCGCUCGAUCCCGAACCAACUCGCGAAGUCUGCGCGUGAUAUCGGAACAUUAUCAUGAGCGAUAGGGAGAAGUAUGAUAGGGCGUCGAUCGAUGAGGUUGCAGACCACUUCACCGACUGGGCUAAUGAUCCCAACAAUGACCAGAGUGGAAACUUCAACAUGAACGUUUGUCUUCUAAUUGACGAGGAGGUUUAAGAGAUGCACCGCCGGCAACGACGGAAGUGAGAACAACGGAAAUCGCCGAUCAGAAUGUGUGUAUUAAGGUCAUCGAUACUCUUUUUGACCCUGACGACAUGAGCGAGUGUGACCCUAGAUACAGAGGCUGGGCACUAGCAAGGCUAAACCUGCUCUGUCAUCUUUACUCUCUUGUGUAUACUGGAGACUAUCCUUUAAGCCUACAGGUUUUGAAUAAUCGCAUCAAAUUCGAAGGGGGGGUCUAGUGGUGGAUAGACUAGGAUUAUAUGACCCUGUCAGAUCCGCCACAGAUCUAAGAGACAUUGCCUGCACAGGCCAUAGUACACCCUGUACUGAUGGCGCCUGUCGUUUGAAUGGCAUUGCCACAGAAACACUGCUAGGCAUACUCAACGCCUGAAUAUAUGUAACUAGCGGUUCUACAAGCAUUCCGACAUAGGUCAACCGUCAUGAUUGUGCCCUCAUUCGCAAUGGAGUAUCUAUUCACUAGCGUGCGAGCCGUCGCUGAAUCUGAGAAACAACCAACAUAUCUAGACUGCGGUCUAGUUAAUAUGGUUAUGCGACUUGAACCUCCGCAGAAGUGGAUGCGAUAUGACAUGCGCUGGUAACGACAAGCGCACGCACUAGCGCCGUUGAUAGAGUUAUCACAAUAGGAUUCCGAUUUGUACUCAACGCCGGAAAUUAAUUUGAUAGCCAGCUCUCUCGCAUGCGCUUUCGCAAACUUGGUGUGUCAUUAUUGUUGUUUCAUUUGGAACAGCAACGCGGUUUCUCAAAGUACGUGAUGUAGAAGAGUCGACAUAACAUCCAACAGUCGCAUCAUCGCCGAUUGAGUAGACGUUGAUCCUGUCACUGCCACCACACAUCUCUGCAGUGUUUGCUAGGCAUGGACUGCUACGGCCUGAUGUCGCGGGGCUAUUAUUCAGUAUGGAGUUAGCGCACCAACAUUGGUGAGCGUAUUCGAGGCCGGCGAAAGUAUAUCCACUCGAUCGUGUUUGCUAACAAAGCUCAACUGUCAUCGUAGUGUCUUGGUUCGGAAGUGCAAUUUGAUUCGCCAGACUUCGUGAAGCAGUAACAUCUACAUAGCACCCAAGGGAGGUCUAGAAUUGGAACACUAGAGGGCUUGAUACACAGACAGAGUAUCCGACUGAGAGAUUGUCGCAGACAGUAUUAAGAUAACCGUUCCAGAUGACUAAUUGUGACUGUGAGAUUCCGUACGCAGAAUUAAUUGUGGCGCACGUAUCUCCAUUCUUAACGGUAUACCAAGAAUUGCACUGAGGCGUUGUACUGGUCUGAGCAGGGGCAGCUGGAUAUAUAGUUGCGCCAAUAACAGUAACGGCUGGGGAAGUUGUUGAGCUGGUUAUAAUUGUAGUAUGAGAG